AUGAGUGUUCGAGCACAGCACAUUGUGGGGAUCCACUAUGCGGUGGGACCCAAGAUAGGAGAGGGUUCUUUUGGAGUGAUAUUUGAGGGUGAAAACGUUUUGGGACAAGAUUCUGGGCCUGUAGCGAUCAAAUUUGAACCACGCCGUGCGGAUGCCCCGCAGCUCAGAGACGAGUUUCGUGCUUACAAGAUUCUGGCUGGAUUGCAGGGCAUCCCGCGGGCAUAUUAUUUCGGACAAGAAGGAAUGCAUAACGUUUUGGUGAUUGAUUUAUUGGGUCCGUCGUUGGAGGAUCUGUUUGAAUGGUGUGGAAGGCGGUUUUCCGCGAAAACAACGUGUUUACUGGCAAAACAAAUGAUCAGACGUGUACAGUCGAUUCAUGAACGUGAUUUGAUUUACAGAGACAUCAAACCCGAUAAUUUUCUCGUUUCACAGUACCAGCGCGAACUUCCCAACGGCCAGGUGGUGAGAAGUUGCGCAGCAUCCGCUCAUGGAGAUCCCAACCUGGUGUACGUGGUGGAUUUCGGUAUGGCCAAGCAAUAUCGAGACCCUAGAACUAAACAGCACAUCCCGUACAAAGAGCGCAAAUCACUCAGUGGGACUGCCCGUUACAUGUCAAUAAACACGCAUUUUGGGAGGGAACAAUCCCGUCGUGACGAUCUGGAAUCCCUUGGCCACGUUUUCUUCUAUUUCAUGCGUGGAUUUUUGCCCUGGCAAGGUCUCAAAGUUGCAAACACCAAAUUGAAGUACGAAAAAAUCGGUCUGACCAAACAAAAAGUGCGACCAGAAGAUCUACUGGAACGCGAUAUCCCGCAUCAGUUCGCUACGUAUCUGACAUACUGUCGGUCAUUGCGGUUCGAGCAAGAACCUGAUUACGAUUACCUCAUCUCCUUGAUGACAGAGGCUAUGCAAGAAAACGGUUACGAAGACGACGAGCAUUAUGAUUGGCUAGAUCUUAACAAUGGUCAAUCCUGGAAUAUCGGUGUUAAUAGAAGGGCAAACCUCCAUGGCUACGGUAAUCCAACUCCCAAAACCUCACAGGCGGCACGGAAAUCAGCAGUUCCACAAGCCCGUCGUGACUCAUACUCAAAAGCGCAGCGGCUACGUAACCAGAUGACCAGCCAAGCAGCUUUACGAGAUAAAAAUGGCAAUGUCAUGCAAUCUUAUGAUUCCAUGGGUCGACGCAAUGGGAAUUUUUCAGAUCGUCAGCAAAAUGAAGCAGAUUCUCUUGAAGGUCAAAGUUGCAUCAAGAGAUUGUGUUGCUGGUGUGAUUAA